AUGACCGUGUGUACCCACUGCAAGGCUCGACACUGGGAGUGCGAAAGGACGAAGUUGACCGGACACUUCAGCACGUGCUGCUCGCAGGGCAAGGUGCAGCUACCUCCCUCCGGCCCAAUCCCAACUUUCAACAGCUACUUGAAGGCUCGGAUAGCGGUCAGUUGCUCCGUCCAACGUCAUUCGUCUGUAGUAGACCCACAUGCUGAACUGUGCGACCCACCUACACAGAAGCUAAGGCAUUCCGGCGUUCCGCGAGAAUGCCCGGUCGUACAACAACGCGCUGUCGUUCACUUCGCUCGCUGCCCACGUUGACCAGACUCGACCAGGCACUCAAGGACCCCGCAUGUUUUGGGUAUUUUGUCGCCUUGUCGCCUUUACCAUCGACUCAGGCACUCUCGGCGCCCUAAUUCCUGCCGUCAAUCAGCGCCCAACCUUUGCCAAAACAUGGCUCAUCUGCCCGGCCGAGGCCACCGACACUCAACUUGGCCCCGACGGCGCAGACAGUCGCAUACAAAGAUCUACUUUGACCAGGCUCGAGUCCAUGUUGCGUACCAAGAAUCACUUUGUGAGGGAGUUCGCAUCGGCCAAAACCCGCGCAGGUUGGGACACGGCCAAAGAUUCGGCCCUGCGCACCUGGCCGAAACCGACGCACCCACAACCUUCCUACGUCGAGCACGGAAAUGGCUAUGCUUAUCUGCGAUUCCGAGACCAACACGGGAGAUCGUGGACCUCAAGACCUUAUUCUCCAGGUGCAUGGUGAUCGAUGUCCCGAUGGUCGGCCCAAGUACCAAGUCAUCAGCUCGCUCCAUCCGUCUGCGUUGCCUCUCCGGUAGCCACUACUAUUUCCUGCAGGGGAAGAUGGCUUCCACCCCAACAUUUCUCUUUGCGGGUUUCGCCAAGCUGGGCUGCCAAUCGCCAGAAACCGAGAGCAGAUCGACAAUGGUGUCCAAUCGCGCGAGGUACUUGCCGGUCUCGGUCUUGAUGACGAAGGCGAAGAGGAGGACGAAGACCGCGAGGAUGAGGAUGAAGACGGCGAGGAAGGGGACGAAGAGGAUGGUGAUGGCGAACGUACGCGUCUUCGGCUCUUUCUCGGAUGUUCCAUUCUGUUUAAGGCGCAAGCACAGACUGAUAUUGAACUUUUGAACACCUAGGACGAAGGUCAAGUAAAGGGGUCGAGGUGGCGAGUCUCGCGUUCACAAUUAUUUGCGCACUACUUGUCAAACGCGACGAGUACUUCUCAAUCCCGCAUUGCACCCAACGUCCCUUCCUGGAGUUUGUGAUUUUAGGAUAUACUCCCAAGUCGAGACCGAUCGACUCAACACAUCCGGUUGCAUCAAGAGAACCUGCGCCUCACCACGACCCAAGGCAUCAACGGCUUGACCCCGAACCAAAUUGGACGUUCGAUGACCUUGGGCUCGACGUUUCAGAAUAGACCGCGCGACAUCACGCAGCGAUACCAGGAUGCGAUGGCGUGCGUUGUCAAACAUGGAAAGUCUCCGCUGCUCAUCACGAUGUCGCACGACCCCGAAUCACCGGAAAUCAAGGCUGCACUGGGGCCGAAUGACAAAGCAUGCAACCGUCCGGAUCUCAUUGCAUGA